CGAGAUGAACGGCCACGAUUAGAGCACGGAGAAGCGCAGACGAGUCGCCGAAGCGGUCGCCUCGCCGCCGCCCCCCGUCGACCGCGACUUUGCCGCCCGUGCCCGUCGCGAUGGCCGCCGCCGGGAAUCCGGACGCCGCGUCCCCGCCGGAGGCCCCCUCGGCGAAGAAGGGGGCCUUCAUGCGCCGCAUCUUCCCGUUCCUCCUCGCCGCCAACAUCUUCGUGGGAGUAUAUGUAUUUGCAAAGACCUACAAAAGAGAUCAGGAGAAGAAGAAUGCUCAGGCUGCUGCUGCUACUGCUGCUGUAGCCGCAGCUGCCACAUUCUCGCCCCCAGCUACCGCAACAGCUGAGACUGCAAAGCCUACUCCACCCAAAAGAGUGCUUCCACCAAUAUCUGAAGACGAGCAGCGCCAGAUCUACAAGUGGAUGCUGGAAGAGAAGCGGAAGAUCAAACCACACAAUGCUGCUGAGAAGAACAAGAUUAAUGAAGAGAAGUCUCUUCUCAAGGAAUUCAUCCGGGCAGAGUCUCUCCCUCGUUUGUGAUUCGAUCACUUGUUUACCCUGCUGGCCUUGGUUUUUCUUUUUGCCUGCAGAUCCAGUGUUCUGGAUUUUACACUUGUCUCUUGUUUGCUGGCAGGCAUGGUAGCAUUUUGUAUGCUGAUAGGUCAUCAUUUGUUACCCAAAAUGCUGAGCGCAAGUUUCAGCGAACACUAGCAUUUUAACACUGGAGAUUUUUCAGAAAACUAGUUCUUGAUGCAAAGUGCUUAGGUCUA